GCGAAACAACCUUUAACCUCUGGCCUUGACCUUCACAGCUCACACCUUGCUUCCGUAUCGAAAGUGAUGUGAUCCUCAUUUUCACUCACUGUGAAUCACGACAGGAAGCAGAUAUGGCAGCAAGCAAUGAAAUGGGAUAUAACACUGAGCCAAAUUUUGCCUUUUUACCAGAUACAGCAUGGGUUAAGAUAUUACAGAAUCUGUCAUUAGUUGACCAGUACCAUUUGUCACUGACGUGCCACCGACUGCAUGGCCUCUUCUAUCACCCUUCCCUCUGGCAGACAGCAGAGCUGUAUCUGGUGGGUGGCUUGACUAAUUUUGUCAUCUCAGAGACAGAAAUGCCUAAUCGCUUCAAAAAAAUUGUACAGAAUUUUGGGCACCUUUUCCGGCACCUGACAAUACACUUGAGCGGCCAUUUGGUUACCAUGGAGAGCAACACACAAGAAAUUCUGGCAACCAUGGCACAAGUCUGCCGCCUGGAAUGUCUUGUCCUAGAGGUGGGUAUAAUGACAUCAGAUCUCCACCGGAGAGGAUUCCGACCAUUUGAAGAGGGUCUUAAGGAGAUCUUAAAACUAGUUGAGUCUGCCUACAGGCUUAAAAAACUUGAAGUUGUGUCAUGGCCUAUGUAUCCAGAAAUCAUGAGCAGACUGGAUCUUAAUGUAUUUGAAGUUGUGAAGAAAAAUACCAAGUUGGAUAACUUGGAGUCUCUGAGCCUCUUUUGGAUGAGAGAUAAACAAUGGUCAGAACGUUCUCCCAUUCUGCCAGACUCUACAUAUACUAAGGCCUUAGUUUCCCACUUUAAGUCACUUCGUCAUCUUGAUUUACGAUCACCAAUGCUUAGUGAUGAGCUGCUAAAUGAACUUGCAUCCACUUACAGAAUGCCUCUCUCAUCUCUUAGAAUCCUUAUCAUGUACUCUUCUCAAGACAUGAGGUAUCGAAUUCCAUUUCUGUCACCUUCUUCUUGGAAGAGACUCAAAGAUAGCAGUCCAGAACUGGAAGUUGAGUGUACCAUCAUGUCUCGCAUUCCAGAAGUAGAACUAGCAGGCUUGUUGGUGCCAGAGAUCCCUUUGGUAGCUUUCAAUGUCCUAAAGUUUUCAACAUGCACUCCACAGAUGUUGCAGGCCUUGAAAGAAAAGUUUCAUCAGACAUUGAGAUCAUUUGUCUGUUAUCAUGAUCCACAAGACUGUGAGGUUAUGUUAAUGGACAUGGUGGCCGCAUGUCUCCAUAUUCACAGUCUGGUGUUUCAUGGACAAAUCCACUCUAGGAAUAUAACUGACUUAAUAAAGAUGCAUCGAAACUGGAAAACAUUUGAGUUUGUUAAAAGUCAGGUUAUGACAAAGGAAAGUGAAAUAAACUUUGAUGAAAACACAGUCAUUGGACGCACAGCUGCAGGAGAGCUUGUGCAGGUUGACUUUGCUCGCUUUCACAGUGAGGAGUCAGAAGAAGAGCAUGAAAAAGCCCUUGAAGAUUUGAGCAAGUUUGUAUCUCAGAGGCUGGGUUAUAGGUGGUGUCUUAUAGACACAAGGCUAGAUUAAGGAAGAUUUAAUGACUGUUUGUAUUUUUUUCACUUUGUCUUAUUUUUUUUAAAGAAGCAAAAAAGCAACAAAUAUUUAUCAGUGGUUAGUUACAAUAUUCCUCCCUUUUUUUUUUUUGAAGCCCAGCUAGAGUUCAUGUUUACAAAAUGCAGUUAAAAAGUAUCUAGUAGUCAUGUUACCCUGUAAUUGCGGCCCUAUGCUCCACUGGGGGUGAUUAGGAACAAGAAGAAGUCAUGUUACCCAGCUAGUUUAGUUAAAUAUUUGGUUGUAAUAUUUUUCGCGAUUCAGGCCCUUCUUAUACAUAGGGGACUUUUAGAAAAAUCUUGCAUUAUAAAAAUUAUGCUAUCAAAUAAAGAUAAAAGUGUCUAUACUAAAAAAAAAAAAAAAAUAGUAAGGGUAUACUUACAAUCUAGACUAUUUUAUAGGCAAAACAGUGCUAAAAUAAAAUACAUUUGUAACAUAUGGUGAUACAGGCAUGUGACCUAGCUGGGGUUUAUUCCCUGUACUGAUAUCUGUUUACAGUCAUUCCAUCAUGUUCCAUGUCCAUAAAGCAAGCAAAUAUGAGGUGUGUCAGUAAGUUUACACAAUCAUUUGCAGAAGAGAAAAAAAAAAGAAAAAUAUGAUUUGCAAUGUGCUGUUAUUUCCUUAUGUACAAUAUUGUGAUUGUGUGCAUACAAACAUGGAUUUAUAUCAUGCUAGUUCAUCAGUAAAGUUUGCUAGAUAGAUCAGUGGUAAGCUUGCAUUGCUUUUCCCUAAUUAGACAAUGAUAUAUAUCGUAUUUGCUUCAUUAAAGCUUUUUGUUUCUUUGUUAUUUCCUAAUCAUCAACUAUUAAAUAUUUGUAAAAUACUUGUGAUCAUGUCACAGUUCAUCAGAAGAUUAUAGAGUUGUUGCAAAUAUGCGAUGAUUGUGAACCAUUCUCUUUGCUGUUUUGUCAUUUUUAAGGCUGCCUUAUCAAAUAACAUAAUUGUGUGCCAUAAAUGAUUAUAGCAUAAUACUUGAAACCAGUAAUUCAUUCUAGCAUGAAAAGCAUUCAUUUAUUCCUGUUAUCAGUGCUGUCUGAUAUAUCAUUUCUGCUCUUGGUUAAAGAUGUUCCAAAGCCUGAAUAGCAUGGCAUGCAUCCAGCAAUAAUUCUUGACUGAUCCAGGAGCAUUAGGCAAAAGUACAAACCUAGCCCAUAAUCUCAUUUUCUACUUUUUUAAAUGAAGCAACUUGUAAAUAAUUUCUAUAUAAAUAGGAAAAUGAAAAUUCAGUUUAUUAUGAACAAUAUUAAAAAAUCUUUCUCAACAGAUUUUAAGUUACUGUGAUAUACAUUGCAUGAUACAUUGCAUCCACUUGAUUUAUUGGCUACAUUUUCUACAGUUUCACAAUAUUUCAUUUUUAUAAGAAUGGCUGAUAGCAGACUGUAAUUUGGGGGUUAUGCUGUGCUGCUGUAAGGACUGUUACCACUGAGCAGGCUAGUUCUCAAUAGCAUGCAAAUAAGGAUCCCUCGUCAUUGUACACUUCUAUGCACUUGGCUAACAUUUUUUUUUAAAGAGCUUGUGUAUGUCACAAGUUUUUUUUUGCUUUGUUGGAGAAACUGUAAGAAAUAGUUUAAACACUAAGUAUAGAAACAUUUCUAACGGUGCUAUUUAUAUUUGUGGUGAAGGUAUUAAAAAGGUUAUAGAAAAAAUGCUCCAUCUCCAUAAUGCAUGAAAGAAAAGGCUGUGUGUGGCGAUGUAUGUGGUUCCUGCAAACUGCUAAUGUAUUGCAAAAUCUUUACAACCUGCUGGCAGUUAAAUGAUUAUUCCAUUUGUUGGUAAUAAAAGGAUUUCCAAGUGUAUAGAAUAGAGAUUGCACAGUUCUGCAUCACUUGUGCCAGUGCCGUCAGUGAACUUUUCUGGCUACUAUGUCCAUAAAAUUCUUCAAUGAUCCCUACAUUUAAAGGGGACUGAACUGCUUCUGAAUAUUAUUAACAUGCUAAACAAAAGCCACUCAAGAGUGACUAUGUGUGUUGACAACAUAAAAUAGUUCUGUACUUUCAGUUAUAGAGUGACUGGUGGAUUAAAACAAUGUUCAAAUCAAUUGCUAAUAUGACAAAACUGUCCCAUAUCAGCAAAAGCUCUGCAACUUAAACUAUAAAUGUAGAUACAGAUUUAAUAAGUUGGUGGUGAUGGAGAAAGUUCUACUACCUGGUGAAUAGGUGGUGGAGAAAUUUGCAAUGGGGAUAAAAGAAUGCUACUCAAAAUGUUAUUUCAGGCAGCCAUUGAUUAAUGAGUUGCAAGUCAAUAACAACAAUUUGCAUUUUGAUGUUUUGUUAAAACUUGUCUUAUUUUCAAUUUAAUGAUAUAAACUCCUUUUCAGGCAUCUAUAAAAAUAUAGAGUGCACACAUAUCUGCAUGUUUAUGUUCAUACAUACACAUGGGAAUACACGCACCUCAUGCAAACAUCCACAUGCACAUUUACACAUAUAUAUAAGUACAAAGUCAAAAAAAUGUGUGUUAACAUUCACAAACCUAUAUGCCUCUUUCUCUCUCACAUACACACACCAAUUCUCAAAAGCUGAUUUGAAGAAACUGUUCAUGGCUGUUGAUUUUUGAAAGACUGCCAGAGACUCCUCUAUUAGAGUUCAUUUAAAGUUAAGAUAAAAGAUUUUCUCAACAAAAAUACAUGUACACCAAAUGGGUUGCUAAAUGAAGCUCGCAUAUAUGAGAGUAAAACAGAACAAGGGAAGGUAAUCCAAACUUGGCUGCAUAUGCACAUAAUUGUACAACCCAGAGUUACAUUAACUUGUAUUGCUUCAGUCGGCUACCUUGCACAAUCACACCUAUUUUCUGUAUGCAAGAAUGUAAGGAAUGGUCAUAUAUUAACAUAAGCACAGGCCUACCUUAACUUGUAUUGUUUCUAUCAGCAUGCAGCACUGUCUUCUCGUUUCUGAUGGA